CCCGUCCACUCGUCGAAUUUACUCUGCCGCAUCACACCCGUCUGCUGCCCGGGGGUCGUCCAUCACACCUGGCCUCCCCAGCCCCAACUGCCUCUGCAUGGCGCGCAUUCCGCUUACCCGCAUAGCCUGCGCCGUUCCCCCCGUUGGCGCCUCCCUCCGCCGCCUUCCAUUCUCCCCUCACAAUACGCGCCAUUCCGCCGCUGUGCAAACCACCGCGGGCGCUGCGCUCCAUCCCCUUCCCCAGUCGCAUUCCCCCCAUGCUGCGCUCAAGCCUUGCCGCCAAUCGCCAGCGGAACUCCGCCAUCCGCGCGGUUUCCCCUCGACCUUCCGCAGCAUUGUGGGGGGGUGCAGACCAGCGCGAGCGGCUGUGAGGGCGGAAGGCGGGGAAGGCGGGGACGCGGGAGAUCGGCGGUCCAAUACCGAAGCCGCUAAGCCUUUGGGCAGCCUGGAGAUGCGCGAGCCGUUUGAGGUGGCGAUGAAGGUGCGCGACUACGAGCUGGACCAGUACCGCGUGGUCAACAACGCCACGUACGCCAGCUACUGCCAGCACGUGCGGCACGAGUUCCUGGCGUCCAUCGGGCUGGCGGCAGACGAGGUGGCGGCCACGGGGGACGCACUGGCCCUUGCAGAGCUCUCACUCAAGUACCUCAACGCACUGCGGAGCGGGGAUGAGUUUGUGGUGACGGCGCGGGUGUCGGGCACCACAGCAGCGCGGGUCUUCAUCGAGCACACCAUCUACAGGCUGCCGGACAGACAGGUGGUGCUGCAGGGGCAGGCGACGGUGGUGUUCCUGGACAAGGCGUACCGCCCCACACGCGUGCCUGCGCUCUUCAAGGCGCGCCUCACGCAGUACCUCCAACAGCAGCAGCAGCCAUAGGGGAGACCAAAGGGACAUGUCAGGAGAGUGAGGGUGAGGGCGGUGGGGGAAUGGGUGGUGGUGGUGGUGGUGGUGGGCUUGACAGGCGAAGGAAGGGGAGAAGGGCUGGCAAUUGAGGGGGAGGGAGAUGGUCGGAGGACAGGAGGGGUGGGUUGGCAGAGUGGUUGUUUGUUGUGCUUCAUCAGUGGUUUCAUUGUAAUCUUUUGAUAUUAAUGCUUAUUGGC